AUGGCUGAUUCUUGUAGCCAAGAGGAAGUUCCGGAGGACCUCCAGAACACCGUCCUUCACACGCCCGUUUGCCUAGAUGCUGAGGUCCAACGACUCAAUAUGAGCUUCCUGGAGAACCAGCUCGGAGUAAAAGUAGCUAAUGGGGAGCACAUCUACUAUGAUGAACGUGGAAAGAUGUCAAUGACUGGUGCGGUAUUCCCUGAUGAAUGGUCCUUCAUAAGGCCUCAGUUCAUAAAGCCCCAGUUCGAUACACGUAUCCUAUGGGGCCCUGGAGCAGAGGCGGCAGUUGCCAAGAGACUCAUUGACCUGGCACCGGCAGUCAAGCAUUCGAUUUGGACUACGACACAAGAGGUGCUUUCUAAGAUUCCCGCGGAUCCAACCAUGGCUCCGGUCGUCAUCGCUCUUCUCAGAUCCGCCAUCGCGAAAGAACGAGAGUGUUGGGAGCAACUGGAUGCUUUAAGGACGGUACAAACUCUCCAGUCACUUCUAGCUCUAGACAUGAAGGCCAUUGUAUCUUCCAUGUGCGCCUCAGCUAGCAUUCCUGCUGUCGAAGAUAGAAAUUUCUGUCGGAUAGUUGAACGUGUAUUCCCUCGCGCGUCCUACAUUUUCAUGGCGCUGCGUGAACAGCACCGACAGCUGAGCAAAGGGUAUGCAUGUAUUGAUGAUCAGAUGGAAUUAGAUUGGUUCAAGGAGAGGUGGAAUCCCAUCCUAGAGAAGCUGCUACCUGGACGACUUGACAACAAGAUGGAACAAUACGCAGACAGGAUGCAAUACCUCUUGGAUAACGACGAGCGCUAUUCCCCCAAGUAA